AUGCUAUCCAGUCUGAUCUUCAGCGGCAGCCCUAUGGCUUCUAACUCCGAUCCGGCGCAGAGCCCAAAUUCCCAAAGACCGGUACGUUCCUUUCGGGUAGAACGCACCACCUCUCCUGAGCCAACGACUCGGAUUAAGAGAGCCAGUACCUUUGAGAAUGGAGCCCAACCUGCCAGGCUGUCCCUCCGAACGGCAUCUGGGACACAGGUGACACAGGGGGGCGGGGAUGAGGCGCCAGACACCUUCGUCAGUAGAAUCAGCGAGGAAGCGAUCGAGCCACCGAGGGCUUCUGUCGACUUUGACGAUCUUCCCAUUGAACUCAUCAGCUUGACGGACCGCUUCAUCGAUUCUUUAUCGGCCAAGGUGCAUCCUACCCCACCCAACAUUGACAACCUCGCCUAUAUGUUUCAAGAAUUCUAUGGUACGGCCUCGUCACAUAUCCAGACUCACAUCGAUGCUUUGGCCAGCCGGCAGAGGCGCGAAGAUGCCCCCCCUCUCUCGACUCGUGCAUCGGCAGCCAGCCUGUUGCGCGCAAAGGCCACUUCACUUGGCACCAAGGACAAAACUCCCCUUAGGCGGGAUUCGGACCAGCAAUUAUUGACGCCUGAGGAAUACGCAAACCGAAAAAAGGCGAGGCGGGCGCUGGAGCAGAAGAAGUCGCUUCUGGAGGAAGCUGUGGAAAGGCGGUUAUGUGAGGGCAUUUACAGCAAGAUCUACCGCCACCGCAGCACUCAGGACGAAGCGCAGGACGCUAAGCUCCGGUCGAAAACGGCCGCCCUCUCUGUCGUUGGCAUUGGCCCGGUGGACCUCGGGGUCGAACUCGGUACAGCAGACAAUGACCUGGAGGCGGCCGCCAAGAAGCAAGAGGAGGUCAGGGAAUGGCUGGAGCAGGCGAGGAACCAUCUGGCGUUGAUGAGCCAGUCAAGGUAUCCCUUGGGGAAGCUGAACCACCUCAAAUCGGCCCACAAGAGUAUCAUCGACACGCUAUCUCACUUCCACCCCUCCUCGUCAGCCGACGAGCUGAUGCCCAUGUUAAUCUAUACCCUCAUCACCCUUACCCCUGAAAACCUCAGCGUCAUCAGCGACGUCAACUUUAUCCAGCGCUUCCGUUGGGAGCCAAAACUCACAGGCGAAGCAGCCUACUGUCUCACCACCCUCGAAGCUGCCGUCUCCUUUCUCGAGACAGUCGAUCUCUCUACCCUCCGGGCCGACGAAACCCCAACUGGCCCGCUCAAAAACCCCGGCUCAUCACCCCUACCAAAGGGGGACACCUUCCCACCAGCCUUCUCGCCCACCUCGCCCGCCCCACCAGCCCAGAGCCCCAACCCUUCCUCCGAAUCCGCCUCAGCCAGCCUCAGCGCUGCCCUAAAACAGCAAUCCCAAGCCCCAUCCCCAUCUCAAAGCCCGGCCGGGUUCCGCGCGACGGUCAACGCGCAGCUCCGCGCCCGCCGCCUGAGCGAUCUCGUCCGCAACACGCCCACCCCCGCACAGGCCCUCAACGCGGCCUCGGACGCAGUCCUCACCACCGCCGAUCAGAGCCUCAAGACCAUCGGCAGCUCCCUCGACAACAGCUACAAGUUUCUCCUCGGCAAGCUCCGCGAGCGGGCGCCCGACGCCGUCCUCACCAAGGCCGACGGCGGCGAAGUCAUCGUUCCCAAAACCCUCGACGACGCGCGCAAGCUCAUUGGCACACCGCCCCUCCCCAACCCCGACGACGACCUCGCCCCCACCCCCGAACUCUCCCUACGCAGCCCAAGCCCGGAACAGGAACCCGAGCGGCCCCCACUACUGAGCUUCAUCUCCGGCACGGGGCGCAAGGUCUCGCGCGACCACAGCGCCGACUCGUCCCGCAGCGCCGGCUCGUCCUCACGGCGCGGCCUCGGCGUCGAGGACCCCCAUCAUCAGCAACAGCGCCGCGCGGAGCCCGGCGCGCCCUCGUCCACCACCCAGGUCACUGCCACGGGCAGCAGCCCCGUCGUCACCAGCCCGCCCAUCAUCGACUCCAUGCGCAACCUGAGUAACUCGUUCAACCCCAUGGCUAGGCUGUCCGCGGGCAUUGGCGGGCUGAGGGGGUUUGGUCGCUCGUCGGCGGCGUCCACGGCUGGGCCGGCGGGGGCGGGGAGGGCUCCGACGCCGCCGGCGAAGGAUGCGGGUGGGGGUAGGGCGGGUGCGGGUGCGGUUGUUGGGGCCGGAGAGGAGGAGAUUUGGCCUACGUAUGCCUUCCCGGACCUUGCCGCCGUGCUCCCGCCGAGGGAACCCCCAAAGAUCACCCCGCCCCAUAAGCGCUUCAUGGAGCUGCAGAACGCAGCAGAUCUCAAGCUCGGCGAGGUGUUUGAUUUGUUGAAAGACUACAAGCGUCUGGCCGGGGCGCUGAAGGAGAUGGGUGCUUUUAAGGAGUAA